GGUCAUCACCUUCUUUUCCCGUUCCCGUUAGUGCCAAGCACGCCUCACUCACAUCAUUCGCCCCUCACUUUAUUUUUUAUUUUUUAUUUUUUGAUUCUUUUUUUUCUACUGAGGCCUUUUUCCCCGCCCCGACCUUUUCCUCUCUCUCUCUCUCUCUCUCUUUCUCUCUCGCUCGUGUUCGAGAUCGAUCGCGACAAGUGUUAUCUAGGGUUUUUUUUUUGUUUUUUUUGGUACCCUCGAACGAAUUCGUCGUCACCAACUCUUCGUCACCGACCCGCGGAGCAUACUUUUUCUUCGCUUUUGAAGCAAAAAUCGCCCAAGAGUUCUACUGCAAGGUCCAAGGGCAUGGCUGUUUCUAUGAGGGAUUUGGACUCUGCGUUCCAGGGGGCUGGACAAAAGGCUGGGUUGGAGAUAUGGCGUAUUGAAAAUUUCCGUCCAGUCCCCGUGCCAAAGUCUUCUUAUGGAAAAUUCUUCACUGGAGACUCGUAUAUAAUUUUGAAGACAACUGCUCUAAAAAAUGGUUCGUUCAAGCACGAUAUACACUAUUGGCUUGGUAAGGAUACCAGCCAGGAUGAAGCAGGGGCUGCUGCACUUAAAACUGUAGAACUCGAUGCAGCCCUCGGAGGCCGUGCUGUUCAAUAUCGUGAAGUACAGGGCAACGAAACCGAGAAGUUCCUUUCUUAUUUCAAACCAUGCAUUAUACCACAACAAGGCGGGGUGGUGUCUGGUUUCAAGCAUGCAGAAAUAAAUGAGCGUGAGCAUGUUACGCGAUUAUUUGUCUGCAGAGGCAAGCAUGUUGUCCACGUUAAAGAGGUUCCUUUUGCCAGAUCAUCCCUAAAUCAUGAUGAUAUAUUCAUACUGGACACAAAGUCGAAGAUUUUCCAGUUCAAUGGCUCCAAUUCUUCUAUUCAGGAGAGGGCUAAAGCUCUUGAAGUGGUGCAAUACAUUAAAGACACUUACCAUGAAGGGAAGUGUGAGGUGGCAGCUGUUGAGGAUGGAAAGUUAAUGGCUGAUGCUGAGGCUGGUGAGUUUUGGGGUUUCUUUGGUGGCUUCGCUCCUCUUCCGAGAAAGGCAACCUCUGAGGAAAAUGGAAAAGAUGAGUCCUUUUCUACAAAAUUGCUCUGCGUUAAUAAAGGACAAGCAGUGCCUGUUAAUGCUGAAUCUUUGACAAGAGAGUUGCUAGACACAAACAAGUGUUUCCUGCUAGAUUGUCGGGCUGAAAUUUAUGUAUGGAUGGGUAGAAAUACGUCAUUGGAGGAGAGAAAAAGUGCUAGUGCUGCAGCAGAGGAAUUACUACAAGACCCUGGUCAUCCAAAAUCUCAUGUUACUCGCAUAAUAGAAGGAUAUGAGACUGUAGUAUUUAAAUCAAAAUUUGCUAAGUGGCCACAAACAACUGAUGUGGCUGUAUCCGAGGAGGGCAGAGGCAAAGUCGCUGCACUCCUUAAACGCCAAGGGCUGAAUGUUAAAGGUCUUAUGAAGGCUGCUCCUAUCAAAGAAGAGCCUCAACCAUACAUUGAUUGCACAGGCAACUUGCAGGUUUGGCGAGUGAAUGGCAAGGAAAAGGCUCUUUUGUCAUCAUCUGAUCAAUCUAAGUUUUACAGUGGAGAUUGCUAUAUCUUUCAAUAUGCAUAUCCUGGAGAUGAUGGAGAAGAAUGUCUUAUUGGAACUUGGUUUGGGAAGAAGAGUAUUGAGGAGGAGAGAACUGCAGCUCUCUCACUUUCUAACAAGAUGAAUGAACCCUUAAAGUUUCAAGCUGUUAUGGCUCGCUUUUAUGAAGGAAAGGAACCCAUUCAGUUCUUCUCUAUAUUCCAGAGUUUUGUAGUAUUUAAGGGAGGUGUUGGCUCUGGUUAUAAGAAUUUUAUUGCUGAAACUGGCAUUGCUGAUGAGACAUAUUCAGAAGAUGGAGUUGCUCUUUUCCGGGUCCAAGGUUCUGGACCAGAUAAUAUGCAAGCUAUUCAAGUUGAUCCAGUGGCUUCGUCUUUGAAUUCAUCUUACUGUUACAUACUACAUGAUGGAAAUUCUGUGUUUACAUGGUCUGGAAGCCUUAGCACCACAGGGGACCAAGAGCUGGUUGAAAGACAGCUAGAUGUGAUUAAGCCGAAUCUACAGUCAAGAGCACAAAGGGAAGGAGCAGAAACAGAGCAUUUUUGGAGUUUGCUUGGAGGUAAAUCUGAAUACCCAAGUCAGAAGAUCGUGAGAGAACAAGAAAGUGAUUCACACCUUUUCUCCUGUAAUUUCUCGAAAGGCAAUUUAAAGGUUACAGAAAUAUUCAACUUCACCCAAGAUGAUCUGAUGACAGAAGAUAUAUUUAUUAUAGACAGUCAUUCGGAAAUUUUUGUCUGGGUCGGACAGCAGGUGGAUUCAAAAAUUAGAUCGCAAGCUUUGAGCAUUGGAGAGAAAUUCCUGGAAUGUGAUUUUCUUAUGGAAAAUUUAUCUCGUGAAACUCCACUGUUCAUUGUCAUGGAAGGAAGUGAACCGACCUUCUUCACUCGGUUCUUCACCUGGGACUCCGCAAAAUCAGCGAUGCAUGGCAAUUCAUUCCAGAGGAAGCUAUCUAUAGUGAAGAACGGAGUAACCCCUACAUUAGAUAAACCUAAGAGACGAACACCAACAUCAUAUGGAGGAAGAUCCAGUGUGCCAGACAAAUCGCAGCGAUCGCGAAGCAUGUCCUUCAGUCCUGAACGGGUCCGUGUUAGAGGAAGAUCCCCUGCCUUCAAUGCCCUUGCCGCAAACUUUGAGAAUCCAAAUGCAAGAAAUCUCUCUACUCCACCGGUAGUUAGAAAACUAUACCCAAAAUCCAUUUCACCUGAUUCAGCCAAGUUGGCCCCCAAGUCGUCUUCUAUAGCCACGCUCUCUGCUUCUUUUGAGAAGCCGGUGCAAAAUCUUAUACCGAAGUUGGUGAAAGCGAGUCCGGAGGCAAACAAGCCAAAACCGGAGGUGAAUUCCAAGGAGACAAACCAUUUGAUGAGUAGUAGGAUCGAAGCUCUCACAAUACAGGAAGAUGUAAAGGAGGGCGAACCUGAAGACGACGAAGGGCUCCCUAUCUAUCCCUACGAACGCCUGAAGACGAACUCUCCUGACCCUGUCAAAGAAAUAGACGUGACCAAGCGAGAGACCUAUUUAUCUUCUGCUGACUUCAAAGGAAAGUUUGGCAUGACAAAGGAGGCUUUCUCCAAGCUACCCAAAUGGAAGCAGAAUAGGCUUAAACUCGCCCUUCAGUUGUUUUGAUGUCCUCGAAUACUCUUGAGAUUUCUCCAUUUGGUCCAUGAAAAUGGAAAAAGAAAAAAAAUCUCCUAGGGGGUUAAAAGGAUAUAUUCGAUGUUAUUAUUUGCCCCCCAAAAAAUAUGUUUACUGGGGGUCUGGAGACCCACCAAAAAUUAUAGUUCGGACGGGGACAGCCGCCAGUGCUUUUUUAGCUGCUUCUGCUCCCAAAAAAGGAUUCUUUACAUUAUCAUCGUCGCCGAAUUUACCGAUUCUUUUCCCCUGUUGUUUUGAGUCAUUCUAUUAGCGGUCCGGUAUUCUUUUUCUCUUCUAUUUUCUCGCUUCUUUCGGUCCUAAGGUCACAGGUUUGGUUGUGAGCUUGCAUUUUGUUCUUUUUUUCCUCUUUUUUUUUUUAACCCCUUUUUGAUUGUUUUGUGAAGAUAAAAAUGGUUUCUCCUAGAGAGUGAAUGCUGUAUGAUGUAAUCGAGGCAAUGAGUUGUUGUGUACAGGAGAGUGUAAAACAUACCUGGAGGGUUAUCUACUUUGUUUACAACUUUGGUGUUCUCAAGUCUCUUUCAGAUUCUUUCUUUUUGCUUGUGUAAAAGCCUUUCGUUUUCGGGUGAAAAAAAAGAAAAAUACUGUAUCAAAGUUGAUUACAUUCGCAUUUUGCAAUUGAUUGUACUCGGUGUGUUGCUUAUUA